AUUUCCAUCGUAUUAUAUUUUAUCGCUUUUCUGGUCUGGAGUUCCAAUCAGAGCACUUGCCUUUCAGACAUGAACAGACGAUAAAGGUAAGCGUUUCCAUGUUCGAUUUCCGGCAAAAGCUCAUGUAGAUUUCCGUCUCGAGCUUAUCUGCUUUCUUAUUCUUUCCUUUUCCCUCAAAACUUCUUCUUCUUCUUCUUCUUGAAUCCACCAAAAAAUAGCAAUAACAGUAAUAUUCAGGAUCAGUCUGGUUUCUGAUACUCUGACGAUUGAGCUAUCAGAUUCAAAACCCAUCUCUGUUCCUAGUCAAACCGAAGCUUCCCACGAAAUCUCUCACUGAUCAGAGCUCGCUCUCACCAUAAAAGUUGUUUUUUUCCUUCUGGGUUUGAUCCGAUGUUGUCCAAAGGAGUGGCUGUGUUCUUCGUCAUCGGUACUUUGUUGUACGGAAACUGGUGGGUCUGUGUCGGAGGCAUCGGAGUGAACUGGGGAACUCAGGCGACUCACCCUCUUCCUCCGGCGACGGUGGUGAGGCUUCUCCGUGAGAACGGUUUCCAAAAAGUGAAGCUCUUUGAAGCAGACGCGGCGAUCCUCAAGGCGCUUAGUCGGUCGGGGAUUCAGGUUAUGGUCGGAAUCCCUAACGAUAUGCUCGCUUCUCUUGCCGGAAGUGUUGAAGCCGCCGAGAGAUGGGUCGCUCAGAAUGUGUCCUCUCACGUCUCCUCCAAUGGCGUCGACAUCAGGUAUGUAGCAGUUGGCAACGAGCCUUUUCUGCAGACAUUCAACGGAACAUUCCUCACAACAACUCUUCCUGCUAUCCAGAAUGUCCAAUCAGCUCUCAUAAAAGCCGGUUUAGCGACUCAGGUGAAGGUAACCGUGCCCCUUAACGCCGAUGUAUAUCAGAGUACAUCCAACCUCCCCUCAGAAGGCGACUUCAGACCCGAUAUCCGUGACCUGAUGCUUCAGAUCGUUAAGUUUCUGAGUGAUAACCAGGCUCCGUUAACCAUCAACAUCUAUCCCUUCAUCAGCCUCUACAACGACCCGAAUUUCCCAGUGGAGUUUGCCUUCUUUGAUGGCGCUUCUGCACCUAUAAAUGACAAUGGACGAGCCUAUGACAAUGUUCUCGAUGCAAACCACGAUACCCUCGUGUGGGCGUUGCAGAAGAACGGAUUCGGGAACAUGCCCAUCAUCGUCGGGGAAAUCGGGUGGCCAACUGAUGGGGACAAGAACGCAAACUUGCAGUAUGCACGGCGGUUCAACCAAGGGUUCUUGAACCGUCAGAAAGCUGGUAAAGGAACUCCAAUGAGACCCGGAUCAAUGGAUGUUUACUUGUUCAGCUUGAUUGAUGAAGAUGCCAAAAGCAUUCAGCCUGGGAACUUUGAAAGACACUGGGGACUGUUCUACUUUGAUGGGCAGGCCAAGUAUGGGCUCAGCCUCGGUGGAACCAAUGCGAAUGGGCUGGUCCCGGCAAAGGAAGUACGUUACCUGGCUCGGAAAUGGUGUGUCCUGUCACCGUCGGCAAAUCUCGAUGACCCUCAAAUGGCACCGAGUGUGAGCUAUGCAUGUUCACACGCUGAUUGCACGAGUCUCGGUUAUGGCUCUUCUUGUGGUAAUCUUGACGCAAGGCAGAACAUUUCCUACGCUUUCAACAGCUAUUACCAGAUAAGCGAUCAGCUCGACAGCGCGUGUAAGUUCCCUGGCCUCUCUGUGAUCUCCAACACCGAUCCUUCUGUAGGAGAUUGCAAAUUCAGAAUAAUGAUCCAAGCAGAAACACCAGUAGCUGGUGGUAGCAAAGCCAGUGUUGCACCUCUAACCCAACCAGCUGAGUUGAUGCUGCUGCUCUUGUUGAUGUGCUCGUAUAUCGUUCUGUGAAUGUCAAGACAAGUGAGAGGUCUUCUGAGUUGAUUUUUCUUUUUCUUUUUAUGCUUUGCUGUUUAUGGAGAUUUAAGAGAAUUGAGAAUCCUGAAUUCUGUAUUGUAUGCA